CUCACUUCCCAUAAGCAAAAACAGCAGCACAAGUAUGGCCUCUAAACCAGGAAUUCUCACUGACUGGCCAUGGACACCUCUUGGCAACUUUAAGUACCUAGUAUUGGGUCCCUGGGUUAUUCAGGGCAUCUACUCAUACAUGGUUAAGGAUGAAAAGGAGAAAGACCUUUCCAACUUUCUGGUAUUUCCAUUUCUGAUUUGGAGAGCUAUUCACAAUCAGAUAUGGAUUAGUCUGUCUCGUUAUAGAACAGCCAAAGGAACAAACAGGAUUGUUGACAAGGCUAUCGAAUUUGAACAAGUGGACAGAGAAAGGAAUUGGGAUGACCAAAUAAUCUUCAAUGGAAUCCUAUUUUACGUAUUCGGAAAGACAGUUCCAGGGGGUUCUCACAUGCCCUUGUGGAGAUUAGAUGGUGUGAUUAUCACAUUUCUACUGCAUGCUGGUCCAGUGGAGUUCCUUUACUAUUGGCUUCAUAGAGCACUGCACCAUCAUUACCUUUACUCUCGCUACCAUUCUCAUCACCAUUCAUCUAUAGUAACCGAGCCUAUCACCUCUGUGGUACAUCCAUUUGCAGAGCACAUUGCAUAUUUCGCUCUCUUUGCAAUACCCAUGUUUACGGUUAUGCUGACCGGAACUGCUUCCGUCGCAGCCUUAGCUUCCUACAUCACUUAUAUCGACUUUAUGAACAACAUGGGUCACUGUAAUUUUGAGGUCAUUCCUAAUUGGGUUUUCUCCAUUUUCCCUCCUCUCAAGUACUUGAUGUACACUCCUUCGUUCCACUCACUUCAUCAUACGCAAUUCCGAACCAAUUAUUCAUUAUUCAUGCCUGUAUAUGAUUUGAUGUAUGGUACCAUGGACAAAGCUUCCGAUGCAUUAUAUGAAACUUCACUGAAGAGAGGAGAAGAAUCGCCGGACGUAGUGCAUCUUACACACCUAACCACACCUGAAUCCAUUUACCAUCUACGCCUUGGAUUUGCUUCCAUUGCAGCUAACCCACAUUCAUCAUCAAAUUGGUAUAUUUGGCUAAUGUGGCCGCUUACUUUAUGGUCCAUGCUGAUAACUUGGAUCUAUGGUCGUACUUUUGUGGUUGAACGGAACCGUUUUAAUAACUUAAAGUUGCAAACCUGGGCCAUACCCAAGUAUAACAUUCAAUACUUGUUGCAAUGGCAAAAGGAACCUAUCAAUAGCUUAAUUGAAGCAGCCAUAAAAGAUGCAGAGCAAAAAGGUGCUAAAGUAAUAAGUCUAGGACUGUUGAAUCAAGGUGAGGAGCUGAACAGGUAUGGUGGGAUUUAUGUGGAAAGGCAUCGGGAGCUGAAGAUAAAAGUGGUGGAUGGCAAUAGCUUAGCAGUAGCAGUAGUGGUAAACAGCAUGCCUAAAGAAACAACACAAGUGGUCCUGAGAGGAAAUCUAACUAAGGUUGCUUAUGCUGUUGCCUUUGCUCUUUGUCAAAGGGGGAUUCAAGUAGUAACAUUACGUGAGUCUGAGUAUCAGAAGCUUAAGAAAUCAUUUGAUGGCAAGUUCGAGAGUAAUUUGGUCAUUUCAACCACUUAUUCUCAAAAGAUAUGGUUAGUUGGAGCGGGAUUGACUAAAGAAGAACAGUUGAAAGCAACAAAAGGAACGAUAUUCAUUCCUUUCUCACAAUUUCCACCCAAGAAACUACGAAAAGACUGCUUCUACCACCUAACACCAGCAAUGUCUACUCCUUUGGCUCUUGAGAACGUGGACUCUUGUGAGAAUUGGCUUCCAAGAAGGGUGAUGAGUGCGUGGCGUAUUGGUGGAAUAAUUCAUGGGUUAGAAGGAUGGGAGGAACAGGAGUGUGGUUACAAAAUCUCUAACAUUGACAAAGUUUGGGAAGCAAGUCUUCGACAUGGCUUUCAACCUCUUACCAUCCCAAAUCAAUCCUAUUUCCACCUUCAUUAGAUUUUGUUAUCAUGGAUCACGUUGCUUAAUUUGUCAGAAAUUUUAUCGGACGCUAAAUGUAACCCUUGCCAGUUGACAGUGAAAAUCUACUCCUUUGUUUUCACUAGUCAUUAUAUAAUAAAUUCAAUCCUUUAGUCUGAAAUUACAUAUUUCUUUUUUAUUUUUAAUAUGUAUACCAGAUUAAUAAGGAU